ACAAGACGGACACCGGGAGAGGAUCAUGUUGACGUUGACGCUAGCCCUUCUGGGCCUCAGUAUAGGACUGGUGGCUAAUGCUUUCCCCACACAGCAGUCUGGAAACGGGAAGAACUGGGUGGUGAUUGUCGCUGGCUCCAAUGGCUGGCACAACUACAGACACCAGGCCGGUGCUUGCCAUGCGUACCAGAUCGUCCACAAGAAUGGCAUCCCUGACAAGCAGAUUGUUGUGAUGAUGUAUGAUGAUCUGGCAACCAAUAAGACAAACCCCACCCCAGGGGUGGUGAUCAACCGACCCAACGGGACAGACGUCUACAAGGGAGUCCCCAAAGACUACACUGGAGACGCUGUGACCCCUGACAACUUCCUGGCGGUGCUGAAGGGUGACUCUGCCAGUACAAAGCAGGGUUCUGGAAAGGUACUGAAGAGUGGUCCCAACGAUCACGUGUUUGUGUACAUCACUGCUAACGGAGCGCCUGGUCUGCUGGCCUUCCCCAAUGAUGAGCUCUAUGCUUCCGACCUCAUGGACGUUAUUAUCUACAUGCAUAAGAACAGGAAAUACAAAAAGUUGGUGUUCUAUAUUGAUGCCUGUGAUUCAGGAUUAAUGAUGACCAAGCUGCCUGAUGACAUCAAUGUGUAUGCCACCACAGCAACCAACUCCUAUGCCUGUUACUAUGACGAGAAGAGGAAGACCUACCUGGGGGACUGGUACAGUGUUAAUUGGAUGGAAAACUCUGAUGUGGAGGACCUGAGCAAGGAGACCCUAAUGAGACAGUUCAAGAUCGUCCAGAGCCACAUCAUGCAAUUUGGAAACGAGACUCUGGCCAAUAUGAAGGUAAAGGCUUUUCAAGGUAAUGCCAACGCCCGGCCUGCCCCCCCCAUGACCCUGCAGCCUGUAGUGGAGCCAGGUCUGAUCCCCAGCGCUGACGUCCCUAUGGCCAUCCUCACUAGGACAUCCACAGCCGAGGCGUAUCUCUACCAGCUCAAGGAGAUUGAGCAGCUGACACAGAAGAUGCGCAAGGUGGUGCAGUGUGUGACGGGCGAUAACCACGAGAAUCCGAAGAUUCUGAGUGUGAAGAUGGAUCUGAUGCAAAACCAGUGCUACAAGGAUGCUGUCAGUCGCUACAAGAAACAUUGCUUAACCUGGUUUUCCACUGAGCAUGAGUAUUAUCUGCGGGACCUGUACAUGUUGUUCAACCUGUGUGUGUCAAGAUAUGGAACAAAUUGUAUCCUGAUGACAAUAGAGAAAGUGUGUCUAGUUGAAGAGACAGGUUGCGGUGUCUGCAAAAAGGAGGGGUCCGAGUAGACAAGUCUUGUCUUUUCACUGACAAGGAAUAAAGUUUGAAUCUUUUUUUUUAUUUUUUAAUCACUACUCUCUUCUAAUCAUAGCUUUGAUUUCUUGUUUUUUUCCCCCUCCGGUUUUAAUGAGACCUUUUUUUAAAGAUGUGUUUUUAUGAUGAAUUUCACUAUAUCCCUGUGAGAGUUUGUUUUGGAUGAGAAUCAUGUUUUUCUAUUUUUAAUUUUUUUUACUGCUCUGAUUUCUAUGAACACUAACUAAUGAGAGGAGAUCAGGAGCCAGUUUGCCCACUUGGUUGUCAGCUCUGCUCUGCUGGUAGCUCUGCUGGUUGCUCUGCUGGUAGCUCUGCUCUGCAGGUAGC